UGAGUGUUGGAUGGCUGGCAUGCGGACGAUGGGCCGAAGAGCCUGUGUCCGAUCCUGGGCAGCGGCCGGGAGCUGCAGUUGCGGCGGAGGCCAGCAGGCGGCACCGCGGAGCCACUGUCUGCAGCGACGUCGGCGGCUUCCGGCUCCUGGUUCCGGUUGGCGAGGUGUGAGUACCCCGGUCGGUUCCCGCUCCCUGGAGGUCCGGUUGUUGGUCGGGGGGAGAUGGGGGCUUCAGCAAGUCACCUCUCCAAGGAGCAGCUCUCUGAGUAUCAGGAGCUGACGUUUCUAACAAAGCAAGAUAUUCUGCAUGCUUAUCGACUCUUCAAGCAGCUGCUGUCCAAUGAUCUGACCGACUUCCAACACACGAGAGUUCCACAGAGUACUAUCUGUGAGCUGCCGGAGUUAAAGGCCAAUCCUUUCCGAGAGAGAAUCUGCCUUGUGUUCUCGACAGCGUUUGACCGGGAUGGCAGCUUGUGCUUUGAGGACUUCUUGGACAUGCUCAGUGCGUUUAGUGAAUCGGCAACGCCCGAGAUCAAGUCGCACUACGCGUUCCGGAUCUUUGAUUUUGAUGAUGAUGGGACGUUGGACAGAGAGGAUCUGAAGAAGCUGGUGAACUGCCUGACAGGAGAGUCGGCCGACACCCAGCUGAGCGAGGCGGAGAUGAACCAGCUGAUUAACAACAUACUGGAAGAAUCUGACAUUGACAAAGACGGGACAGUCAACCUCUCUGAGUUCCAGCACGUCAUCUCCAGAUCCGCAGACUUUGUCAGCUCAUUCAAGAUGGUCCUCUGAUGUGUAGGCAAGGCCCCUGGCAACACACGACUCCCUCAGCGUUCUCCUGCGAGCAUUUCAAUGAGCAGUUGGCUUUUCUGCAUUUUUUCCCCCCCGCUCGCAAUCCUUGAUGUUUUCACAGUGCAAUAAAGGUCUUCGCAUUCUCAC